AUGGUUUUUCGUCGACCUCGUGUUAACAUUAAACCUAAUGUACAAGCAACACGUCCAGUAAGCAAUUCUUUACAAUCACAAGAAACAUCAAAUGAAUCGGUACCAGUUGAAUCACAAGAACAACAAAUUGAUGUUCCAACAAUAUCCCCAACUAUUACAGAACCCAUACCAAAUGUUGAAGAAAUCAUUGAACCACCAUUGCUAUUACCACCUCCACCCCCACCACCGCAAUCUGACCCUCUUCCAGUGGUUCCACCACCUGUAUCUGAACUUCUUCCAAUGGAUCCACCAACUGUAUCUGAUCCACUUCCAAUGGAUCCACCACUUGUAUCUACUCCUCUUCUAGUUCCUCCGUCUUCUCCACCUCCUCCAGUUUCAAUUCCACCAACAAGACCAUUAUUUCGAAGAAAAAUUAUAGCACCUAAUAUUGGUGUGAAAACAGCGAUUCAUCAUCGAAGACCAUCAGCUAGUUGUUCAGGUACAGAAAGUGAAAGUGAAUCUUCACGUCAAAAACAUUCAACAGCAUCAUCCAUUACAUUCGGACGAAUACCUCAACCAAUAACUAAACCAAAUAUUUCAAAUGAAACACAAUUAAAUACAAUGUCAGAUGUUCCAAUAAAUGGUGAUAUAACAACGCCAACAAAAGCUGAAAUGAUGACGACAGAAAUCUCCGAAAUGCAUACUCAACCUAUAGAUAAUAAUAAUCAUAAUAUUUCAAUAUCAUCAUUACCAACUCGAAUGAAUAAUACUAAAAUAAGUCGGGAAUAUAUUAGUCAACAUAUAAAUUAUCGUGCACAACGACUUGCUUCAAAAAUCGAACCUGAUAUGACUAUACGAAAACGUCGAGCAGCAACACUUGAAAAACUUGAUGAAACUGGUUUUAAUAAAGGUCAACCAGUUGAUACAUCAAAAUUAAAAAUAGCUGAUUUCGUUCAUUAUAACCCAGCUGAUAAUCCUAUGGACAUUAAAAUCAAAACGGCAAUUGCAGAUAUUACGACUGAUCCUGUUCGUAAACAUAGUAUAUCGAGUACAGAUGGACAAAAUUCUAGUGUAGCACCACAAUUAAAAAUUGAUGCGAAUGGAGCAUUAGUUGUUGAUGAAGAAAGUUUAUAUAUUCGAAAUACGGAUGAUACACCAAGAAAUACAGUUAUUGUUGAAGGACAAUUUAAUGAUGAUAAUUUAACACAUCAAAGUUAUCGAAAAAUUGGCCGAAGAAAACGAUGGAAUAAUCGAGACACACUACGUUUUUAUCAAGCACUUCGUAUGUGUGGAACUGAUUUUACAUUAAUUUCACGUGUAUUUCCAAAUCGUAAUCGAGAUGAUAUAAAAAGAAAAUUUAAAACCGAAGAUAAAGCUAAUCGAACUUUAAUUGAUUCAGCACUUAGUCAACGUAUUCCAUUUGAUCUAACAUGUUUUUAUUCACCAUCAGAAGAAUCAUCAGAUGAUGAAAAUGGUAGUGAUGCAGAAAAUGUAACACAAAAAAAACCAAAAAAAAAGCGAUUAAUUAAACGUAAAUCAAAACAAGUAGCAUCAUCAUCUGAUCCACUUGAAAUAAAUCGACGAAGAGAAAAACGUCUACAAGCAAAAAAGAACAGUACACGUGUAAAGAAAAGUGUUGAAUUUAUUAAUGAUGACGAUGACGAUGAUGAUGAGAAUAAUGAAGAUGAUAAUUCAAUGGAUGUAGCUGAUACAGUCGAAGUUAUGACAUCAAAAGCAGAACAAAUUAUUCCAUCAACUCAGAAUGAUGAAGAUACUGUUGAUAAUUCUCUAACGAAUAUAGCUGAAUUAGAAAAUCUUCUUGGUGGUAUUGAUGGUAGUCAUUUAUUAUUUGUUCAUAAUACCGAUGAAACAACAGGUCUCGAUCGUAUUGAUGUUCAUGUUGUCAUGCCAAAUGUAACGGAUAAUAAUACUGAACAAUCGAUUUGA